AUGUACGCUCUUCGACAAGUCGGUCAAAGCACAAAAGGCCGCAUCCCGCACGUGGCAGUGGUGGGCGCCGGCAUUUCAGGGCUUCGGUGUUCAGAUGUCCUCGCCCGUGCUGGAGUGAAGGUGACCUUAUUCGAAGCCCGCGAUCGUAUUGGCGGACGGGUCCACCAGGUCGAAUCCGGAGGGUAUCUGGUGGACAUGGGCCCGAACUGGAUCCAUGGGACCAAAGGCAACCCGAUCACGGAGAUUGCUGAAAGGACAGGUACGAAAGUGAUGGAGCCGGAGGAGGAAGAGGCGCUGGUCGACUCGAAUGGGACGAGACGAUCCAAUGCCGAAGCUGUCGAACUGUCCGGCAAAGUCUGGGAGAUGCUCGUUGGGGCGUUCAAGUAUUCGGACGAACAUUCCGCAACUAUCGACCCACACACGAGUCUGGCUGAGUAUUUCAGAGAACAACUUUCCAGCAUGGACAUCGACGAGAAAAGACGACAAGACAUCCUCCAUGAGGCGCAGAUGUGGGGCCCGUUUGUUGGUGAUGCGGUGGAGAAACAGAGCUUGAAGUUCUUCUUUCUAGAGGAGUGCAUUGAAGGAGAAAAUGUCUUUGUCGCAAGCACGUACAAGGAUAUUCUGAAAGAAGCCGGGCGGACGGCGACCGAUCCUGCUAAGGUCGAACUCAGGCUCGAGACGGAGAUAGUGCACUAUGAUACGACAGGUCGAAUCGCCAAGGAAAACACAGAUGGAACCGAAACCGGAACCAGAGUUGAUGGUGGGAGCAAGGUGGAAGCGGGACAAGAGACCACAACAGUCACUUCAACCCAGGAUGAGGAUGAAGACGAAGAUGGACACGCUCGUAAAGUCACCGUCACAGCAUCAACAGGCGAGAGACUUUCAUUUGACCAAGUCGUGGUAACGUGCCCCUUAGGCUGGCUGAAACGCUACCACACUUCAGCAUUCACUCCGGCCCUCCCACCCAGACUAUGCGCAGCGAUAGAGAAUAUCAAUUACGGCCGACUGGAGAAGUUAUACGUGACGUUCCCAACGGCAUUCUGGCUUUCGCCAAACGGGGAUGAUCACCAGCAUCAGCGGGACGAGAAAAGUGAACUCGACAAGGCCAUUUCAACCCUCGACGCCAAUAUCAAAGUCAAGCCUGCCGGCGAUUCGAGUCCCAGCUAUAACUCCAACCCUGCGCCCGAUGCCCAGUCCGCAUCCAACUACCCCUUCUUCACCCACUUCCACGAUCCAGCCUACAUCCCCCAUCCGAUCGACGAAGCAUGGAACCAGUCCGUCGCCUCACUCGCACGUCUACCCGCUCCGCACGCCCACCCAACACUCCUCUUCUACAUGUACGGUGCGUGCGCUACGCACGUCGUCCGCUCUGUGCAGGAUCUGACACCGUAUUCUGCCGAGUACAACGCGGUGUUAACGGCCUUCGCGCAGCCGUUUUAUAGUCGCCUACCGAACUAUUCGGCAUCAGACCCGUCAUGCACACCGACCUCGCUGCUCAUGACGCAAUGGCAGGCCGACCGGUUCGCGGGCAAUGGAAGCUACUGCAAUUUCCAGGUCGGGCUGGAACGCGGAGACGAGGAUAUUGAAGUCAUGCGAGCAGGGGUUGUUGUUCACUCGUCAGAUGGCAUAAAGCCUCCUACUCAUACAGGGUUGUGGCUUGCAGGAGAGCAUACAGCUCCGUUUAUCGCGCUUGGAACAACUACUGGAGCGUGGUGGAGCGGUGAGGGCGUCGCCAGAAGAAUCUGUGCGGCGUAUGGGCUCGAUGUCCCCGGAUAUGCCGCCAUGGACACCGUGACUGCUGGCCAGUUGGAUGGGCAGGCUGUGGAAAGGGAGCCGGAACCAAGGAAGAAGGACCUUGACGCAUACAAGCCCGACGCGGCCAAUAUGGCUGGGCUGGCUAUUUGA